AUGGCUCUAGAAAGCGAUGAAACCCCGUCACCGCGCAGGCAAAGGCCUCUUCGGGUAUUGGACCUGUGCACCGGCACGGGCUGCAUCGCGCUAUUGCUCCAUGUGCUUCUCGCUCCGAACUUCGAAGACAUGCAAAUUUUGGGAGUUGACAUUAGCCCAACGGCUUUGACACUAGCCCAAAGGAAUCUGGCACAUAAUAUGCACCUGGACUUGUUGACCAACCGCGCCGUUACCCAAGUUCACUUUCAUCGUGCCGACGUCCUUGGCGUGGGAGACGAAUCUGAAUCUGUACCAAAAAUCCAGGAGGUCCUACGUGAAUACUUUCCUCGACCUGAAAGUUCCGAUGGAUCAACAUCGGAAUUUGAAUGUGAUUUACUGAUCUCAAACCCGCCCUAUAUCUCUACCGCGGACUUCCGCAACGGCACCACAUCUCGCAGUGUUCGACGUUUUGAACCGCAAUUGGCAUUAGUACCGCCUAAUACUCCUCAGUCGGAAUUGCCUGACGGUUGCAACGUGGAGGAUAUUUUCUACCAUCGGAUUCUCACUCUUUCCCUUCAAUCACAAGCAAAGCUUACCGUCCUUGAGUGCGGGGAUAUCAUGCAGGCACGUCGAGUGGUCGCCAUGUAUCAAGCAAUGACUACGGAUCAGGCCAAGGAGUUUACCAUGGAAGUUUGGCCAAACUUAGAGCAGGAUUUGGCAGCGAACGGCUUUCACCCUCAUGAUGGAUCACGAUGUGUGAUAAUUCAAAGGGCGAGAUAG